UCAGAAAUCUACUGACGUAAAUGCGUGCAGACGAAGACUGCAGCGCUUACUUCCGUUCGUUUUUACAGUUCUCAGAAUUCGAAUUGGCUCUCUUCAAAUAUGAAACUUUUCUCGAGGUUUCCUUUCCCUGUAAGCCCCAGGCCACUUCUUGAAAAUGGCAGAAAUGAAUAAACGUCUGAGUUUGGUUUUACUGGGAAAAAUAGGAGCUGGGAAAAGUGCAUCAGGAAACACAAUUCUGGGACGACAAGCUUUUAAAUCAAAGAAAAGUUUCACUUCUGUCACACAAGACGUAGUUGUUGAAUCUGGGACUGUCUGUGGCCGACUGGUCACAGUUUAUGACACACCAGGAUUAUUUAACCCAAAGCGGAGUGAUAAAGAAAUUCAAGAAAUACACGCACGUGUUCUUCAGGAAUGUGAGUCAGGUCACUGUGUGUUUCUGCUGGUCAUCACAGUUGGCAGAUUCACUGAAAAAGAGAGAAAAACUGUGGAGAUGAUUGAAAACCUCCUGGGAGUUAAACGCUUGAAGGAAACCUGGAUUCUCUUUACUGGAAAAGACGAACUGGAGGAAGAAGACACGACAAUCGAAAAAUUAAUCAAUGAAACUGAACCACUGAAGAAACUCGUUCAGAAAUAUGAUCAGAGAUACCACGCGUUCAACAACGAGAUAACUGGAGAUGCUACACAAGUUCAAGAGCUGUUAACAAAAAUAUGUAGAUACACAAUAGUGAGGAUUGUUCUUCUGGGUUCGAGCGUGUCAGAAAACAGUCUGGUGGGGAACUUCAUCUUAGGACGAGCAGCGUUUGACAGUGAAGCUCCUCCAGAUGUUGUAGAGAGAGUCGGAGGAAGACUGAAGGACAGACACCUGAUGAUCAUCAACAGUCCUCAGCUCCUCCAGAGGAACAUCUCAGAUCAUCAGAUCACACAGACAGUGAGAGAGUGUGUGUGUCUGUCUGAUCCAGGACCUCAUGUGAUCCUUCUGCUCCUCAAACAUGAGCCGUGUUCAGCAGAAGAUCAGGAGCGUGUGGAGAAGGUGCUGCUCUCUUUCUCUGAGCAGGUUUAUCAACACACCAUGGUGCUCACAACACAAGAGACCAAUGAAACCAGUGACGUCCUACAGAACAUCAUUCAGAAGUGUGCAAACAGACACUUCAGUCUUCAGAGAAGCAGCUCUCCUGAGGAUCUUCUGCAGAUGUUUGAGGACAUUGUGAAGAUGAACGAUGGACGACACAUGGAGUGUGAUGAAGUUUCAGAGUGUAAAAAGCUGAAUCUGGUUGUGUGCGGGAGUGACGGGACAUUGAAAUCCUUAAUAUCACAUCUGAUCCUGCAGCAGACAGACAGAAGAUCAGAUGUUGAGCUUUGUGUAAUAGAUCUUCCAGCUCUGAUCCGUCUCUCAGAGGAGGAAGUGAUGCGUCAGACUCACCGCUGUGUGUCUCUCUGUCAUCCUGGAGUUCAUGUGUUCAUCCUCAUCAUUCCUGAUGCCCCACUUAAUAAUGAAGACAGAGCAGAAAUAGAGGAGAUCCAGAGGAUCUUCAGCUCAAGAGUCAACAAACACAUCAUGAUCCUCAUAAAGCAGGAUUCAGAGCAUCAGACAGCAGAAUUAAAUGAAGAAACACAGUCUGUCAUUGAGAGAUUUGGAGGAAGACAUCAUUUCAUUGGUCCAAACACACAGGUGUCCACAUUGAUGGAGAAACUGGAGCAGAUGGUUGAGGAAAACAGAGGAGAGUUUUUCUCCACAGAGACACUGAUGGAUGCACAGAUGAAAAAACUGCUGAAAUUUGAAGAGAUGAAGAAGAAAAUUCAGUCUCUAGAAACACAUUUACUGUCACAAGGUUCAACAGAGAGAGAAGAUGAAGUGAGGAUUGUGCUGCUGGGAAAAACUGGAGUCGGGAAGAGUGCAACUGGAAACACCAUCUUAGGAAGAGAAGCGUUUACAGCAGAAACAUCUCAAGAAUCUGUUACUAAAGAGUGUCAGAGAGAGACAUCUCAAAUCAACGGCAGACAUAUUACUGUGAUCGACACUCCAGGACUGUUUGAUACUGAACUCAGUAAUGAAGAAACCCAGAGAGAAAUCAGCAACAGCAUCUCCAUGAUCCUGCCUGGACCACAUGUGUUCAUCAUCGUGCUCAGUUUAGGACAACGAUUCACUAAAGAAGAAGCAACAGCUGUGGAGAUCCUCCAGGAGACGUUUGGAGAGAAAUCGUUAAUGUUCACCAUGGUGCUCUUCACCAGAGGAGAUGAUUUGGAGAACAAAACCAUUGAUCAGUGUUUGGGAAAACCUGGAUCUGCUCUGAAUCAGCUGAUUGAAGCGUGUGGAAACAGAUAUCAUGUGUUCAAUAAUAAAGAGACUAGAGACCAAACACAGGUGACUGAUCUACUGCAGAAGAUAGACAACAUGGUGAAAGAGAACGGAGGGAGUUACUACUCAUGUAAGAUGUUCAGAGAGAUGGAGAGAGAAAUACAAGACAAACAGAAGAAGAUACUGAUGGAGAAAGUGGAGCAAGUGAACAGAGAAAAAGAAGAACUGAUGAAGAAAAAUAAAGAAGAGAAAGAGAGGAUUAAGAUGAUGAUGGAGGAAGAAAAACAGAUUCAUGACAAAGAGAGAAAAAGGAUAGAAGAAGAAUUUAGAGACAGAGAAGAACAAUAUAAAAGAGACAUUAAAGAAAGAGAAGAACAAGAGAUAAAGAUACGAGAGGAGCUGAAGAGAGAACGAGAGGAAUGGGAAAAACAGAAACAACAGGAAAGACAAAGAAGAGAAGAAGAGGAGGAGAAAUGGAGAAAGAAAGAACAGGAAAUGCAGGAUGAAUAUAAUCAGAGACUUAAACAAGAGGAAGAGAGAAUGAAGAUGAUAAAAGUAGAACAACAGAAUCAGGACAGAGAGAGAGAGAGAAGAGAAGAGCAACUGAGAAAAGAAAUAACAGACCAAGAGAAACAUCUGAGAGAGAUGAGACAACAACGAGAGACAUUUAGACAUGAAAUAGAGGAUGUGAAGAAAGAAAAAGAAAGACAACAGCUCAAAUACGACACAGAAAUAGAAAUACUGAUGAACAGAAUAGAGAUUGACAGGAAGAAAAGAGAAGAAGAAUAUAAAACACUAAUGAAAGAGAGAGAAGAGCUUCAAUCUAAAAUAGAGGCAGAAGAAAACAAGAUGAAGAUCCUGAUGGAGAAGCUGAACAGAGAAAGAGAAGAACUGAUGAAGAAACAUGAAGAAGAGAAAGAGAGAAUGAAGAUAAAGAUGGAGGAAGAACGACAGAAUCAUGACACAGAGAGAAAGAGAAGAGAAGAAGAGUUUAAUGAGAGAGAGCAGAGAUAUAAAAGAGAAAUGAAGGAACAGGAGGAGCAGAUGAGAGAUGAGAUGAAAAGUGUAAAAGAGGAGUGUAAGAAUGAAAGAAAGGAAAUGAGAAAAGAAAUAGAGACUGUAAAGAAAGAAAAAGAAAAUCUUCAGAUCAGAUACGACACAGAAACAGACAGAAUGAUGAACAGAAUAGAGAAUGAAAGACAACAUCAUGAGAAAGAGAGAAAGAGAAGAGAUGAAGAGAUUAAUGAGAGAGAAGAGAGAUAUAAAACACAAAUAAAGGAGAAAGAGAGAGAGAUGAAAGAGGAGAUGAAGAGAGAAACAGAAGAAUGGGAGAAACAGAAAGAAGAAGAAAAGACGAGAAGAGAAGAAGAGCUUAAAGAAAGAGAGGAACAAUAUAAAACAGAUAUGAAGGAGAAAGAGAGAGAGAUUAAAGAGGAGAUGAAGAGAGAACGGGAGGAAUGGGAGAAACAGAAAGAGGAAGAAAAGACGAGAAGAGAAGAAGAGAUUAAAGAAAGAGAAGAACGAUAUAAAACACAAAUAAAGGAGAAAGAGAUAGAGAUGAAAGAAGAGAUGAAGAGAGAGAGAGAGGAAUGGGAGAAACAGAAAGAAGAAGAGAGACGAAGAGCAAAAGAAGUUGUGAAAAGAAGAGAGAGAGAGAAACAGAUUUGUAAUGAAGAGAUUCAAAGACUGAAGAUUGAAAUGGAGAGAAUAAUCAGAGAGAAAGAGAGAAUAGAAAGAGGGAGACGAGAAGAAGUAAAGGAAUCAGAGAAGAGAAUGAAAGAAGAAAGAAAGAUGAGAGAAGAUGAACAGAAGACUCUUGAAGAACAGCAUGAAGAAGAACUGAAGAGAAGACGAGUGGAUGUGAGAGAGGAAUAUGAAAGAGAGGAAGAGGAGAAGAAGAUCUGCUCUGAAACUGAUCCUUCACUGCAGGGAGAAAACCAGGAUGUUGAACCAGCAGAAAAAAUCCAGAAUCUAUUUGACAGACUUCAUCUUGAAUACAGAAAGCACAAUAAACUGAGAGCUGCAGAUGUUCUUCAGAUAACUGAACAUUCAUUACAGUCUCAUGAGUCUUGUGCUGAAGAAGAGAUGAUUCAGACUUUCCUACAGAAACUACUGAUGAUGGACUACAGAGCAAGAUACAUCAAAACUAAACAGACCAGUGAACAGCAAACAGACAGUGACACAUUUGAUGAUGAUAUUUUUGAUGAAAUGUCUUUGUCUAACAAAAGAAUGAGUCAGUGUGAUCUCAUUCACCCGAUGGAUGUCCAGAUGGCUGUGUUUCAUUGUGCUGAUUCUCUCCUGAAGCAGCUGAUGGUCACUAAACUGUCCCAGUGUCAGUUCGCUCUUCCUCUGCUUGUUCCUGAUCCAGACACACGACAGAUUGAGUUUCCUCUCUGGACAUUCAGACAAAUCCACAAGAGCUGGAAGAUGAGAAACAUCAGCAAUCAGAUCAUCAGUCAAACCCAGCCCAUCUACAGAGCACAAACUCCAAUGGUGUUCUUCUUCAGGUUCGGCUCUGUGUCUUCAUCCAAGUCUCAUCUGAUGAACCGUCUGAUCAAUGAGAAACACAACACGUUCUUCCACAGAAACUGUCCCGGCAGCAGCAGAACCAGAGUCCUGAUGGACGGAGUGGUGGAGAUCUCCUGGUUCUGUCCUUCUGGGAAAAACACAGAUAAAUACAGUGAGUGUGUAGCGUUCUGUAAUCUACACGGAGAUGCAGGAGAACAUGAGAAACAGCUGGAGAUCCUCACUCACAUGAGCUCAGUCAAUGUUGUUCUUCUGCCACGACUCGACAGGAGUGAUAGAAGUGCAGCAACAAUACAAAACCUGUACAAGGAUAGAAAGCCACUCAUUUGUCUCUUUACUGAGGAUGAAUCUUCUGUAACUGAGUCAAAGAAAGGAAAAUACAAGAUUGGCCUGAAAGACAGAAAUCAGUCAGAAGUAUCUGAAGAGCUCAGAAGAGCUAUAAAUGAUUGUGUCUCAGAAUCAUCUCACACUUUCAGACUUGAAGAUGUGUCCAAACACUCAGACAUCAGAGUAGAUGAGGAAGAUGAUGAUGACUGCAGGAGAGGAAGAGCAGCAGCACAACAUAUGAUGAGUUUACUGGAGAAGAAAGAUCUGAGAGAAAUCAAAGAAUCAUUUCUGCCUCAUCAGGGGAAACUGUGGCAUCAGUGGAGUCAGAAGAACAGAGAACUACAUCAACCUCGAGGAGAUGAAGGAGAAAUGGAGAUGAAGAAACUCCGUCAACAGCAGCAUGAAUCUGACAUCAGUGAGUUUAUGAAGAUCUUUAUUAGAGAAAUGAACUCAGAUGAUGCCACAAAGAUGUUUUUCCUUCAGUGGCUCAGAAUCCUCCUGGAUGAACAUACAUCAGCUGAUCUUUCUUUUCUUCAUCACAAAUAUAAUGAAAAGUUGUCAAGAGUCUUAACACUGAAAGAGUAUCAUGAUAAAUCUGAACAUCUCAAAGCUGCUCAAACUGAGCUUGAGAGAAUAUCUGAGGAUCUUCAGGCUGCAGUGUUUGGUGUGGAGCACAUCAUGAGGGAGAUGGCUCAGAUCUAUGAAUCAUGUUCAUUUGUUAAUGAGAACAAGAAAGACUUGGAGAUUCACUUCUCUUCUCUCCCGAGUCUCGCAGCACAGAUGAUGAUCUCUGGAUCUCCACUGGAGCUGAUGGAUGGAGAUGCUGCUCAUGUUCCUGUGAUCUGGAUCUCUGCUGUUCUAGAUAAACUCGUCCAGAAACUGGGAGACCAGAGAGUCUUUGUGCUGUCAGUUUUAGGGCUUCGAGGCUCUGGGAAAUCCACCAUGAUGAACGCCAUGUUUGGACUUGAGUCUGCCGUCAGUGCUGGAAGAUCAACCAGAGGAGCUUUCAUGCAGCUGAUCAGAGUCUCAGACCAGAUGAAAACACAGAUGAGGUUUGAUUAUAUCCUGGUUAUUGAUACUGAGGGUCUUCAUGCCCUAGAACUGUCUGGAAGAUCAACAAGACAUCAUGACAAUGAGUUCUCCACAUUUGUUGUAGGUCUUGGAAAUCUGACACUGAUCAACAUCUUUGGAGAAAACCCAUUUGAGAUGCAGGAGAUUCUUCAGAUUGUUGUUCAGGCCUUCAUGAGGAUGAAGAAGGUCAGACUGAAUCCCAGCUGUGUGUUUGUGCAUCAGAACGUGUCAGACGUCACAGCUGGAGAGAGAAACAUGGAGGGAAGGAGACGACUGCAGGAGACACUGGAUGAGAUGACAAAACUCGCUGCUAAAGAGGAGGUCUGUGAGGCUGAGUGUUUCAGUGAUGUCAUUAGAUUUGAUGUUCAAAAAGAUGUGAAGUAUUUCUCUCAGCUCUGGGAGGGAAGUCCACCGAUGGCUCCAACAAACCCAAACUACUGUGAGAACAUCCAAGAACUGAAGAAGACUAUUAUAUCUCAUGCAGCAAAAUCAGACGGAAUUAGGAUAACACAUCUAAAAUAUCAUAUAAAAGAUAUCUGGGAGGCUUUACUGAAGGAGCAUUUUGUCUUCAGCUUCAGAAACUCUCUGGAGAUCUCAGUCUACAGGAAACUGGAGACAGAAUACAGGAAGUGGUCCUUGAGUCUGCGCUGUGCCAUGAUGGAGACUGAGAACAAACUACACAACCAAAUAGAAAAUGAAGCGAUUGAUGAGAUUAAUGAAACUGAUCUUCAUAGAGAACUGAAGAAGACAAGUGAAGAAGUGGAGAAAUCAAUGUCCGAGUUCUUUGAGAAAGACACAAAUGCAGAUAUACUGAUUCAGUGGAAAACAUCAUUUGAAAUCAAAAUCAGAGAUCUUCAGGAAAACAUUGUGAGAGAAACACAGAGAAGAUUAAAUGAGAUUCUUCAGCAGCGAGACCUGAAGAAGAGGAUUGAUGCUCAGAGAACACAUCAUGAAAACACUCUCUAUGAAAAGAGCAAAGAACUCGCCUUAAAACUCAAAGACAAAACAAAUGAUGAAGAAACACUGAAGAAAGAGUUUGAUGUGUUCUGGGAACAGAGUGUGGAGAAGAUCAUCAUCAGAGACACUCCUGCAUUCAGAGACAUUGACGUAAUGAGAGAUGUGAGAGAGAUCCUCAGUGACGGCUAUGAAAGUGUUCCUGUAGGUCACUGGAGAGAGAACAGGGAUAUUUUCACUGUUACAAGUUAUUCAGAUUAUGUACAGUUGAAGAAACCCAGUGGAUUUGGCAGAAAUGCCAUCAGAUCAGUUAAAGGGAUGUUGGGUUAUGGUCUGUCUGUAGAGGAUGAAUCUCAGAUCAGAUCAUUAGUCUCAGAUGUUGUUCAGCAGACAGACAGAUUGAUUCAGUCAUUUAACAUCUCAAAGAUGGGCUACAACACCAGCUACAUUCAACAACUCACAGAUUACAUCAGAGCAAGAGUAACACAACAUGAGGAAGAACAAGUGAGAUAUGUGUUCAAGAAUGAAUUCUUCAGGGAUUUGGUUCUGUCCAUCUGUAAGAGAGAAAACAAGAUGAUCACUGACCAACACAGACGGUUCAGAGAAGACAAUGAUCCUGUAAUAUAUGUUCAGAAGAAGAGAGAAGAGUACUACAGUAUUUUCCAGAAAUACUGUCAUGGAGCCGCAUCAGCUGUUAUGUUUGGAGAGAUCCUCUGUCAGAAACUGAAAGAGCUGAUUGAGCAGAGCGUCUACAAGAAGACUGCCAGAGAUAUAGCAGGUGAACUGAGAUCAAACUGUGAAUCAAUGAGAGGAAACAGAUCAAAUCUGGAGAAACACAUCCUGAAGAGACUGGCAGAAGAGGAGGACUUUGACAAAUACAUGAACUACAUUCAUCAUCCCAGAGAUCACUAUAAGAGUUUCAUCAGAGAUGAAGUCAGUCGGUACAUCACUGAUCAGUUCAGUCUCAGUGUUUUACCCAAGAUGAAGAGGAACAUUAAACUCCUGGAGCAGAAGAUCAUGAGAGCAGCUCAUCAAUCUACUGAACGUGUUCAAGAGAACAGAGGAGAUGUUGGUUUGUGGAUGAAGAGUUUCACACAGCAGCUCUCAGAUGAGCUGAUCUUCUCUGAGAAACACCUCAGUGGAGUCACACAUGAUGAUGUUGAUGAUUUCAAACUGCUAGAAGAUGUGAUCAGACGGGAACUUACUGAUAUAGUGUCAGACAUCAGCAGGAGAUUCAACUCAAGGUCAUUCAAUGAAAAACUGGACCUCAAGUUCAGACCAGAUGAGCUUCUGAUUAGUCACUUCUGUCAGUGCUGUUGGGUUCAGUGUCCGAUCUGUGGAGCUGUCUGCACAAACACCAUAGAAAACCAUCCUGGAGAUCACAGUGUUCCCUUCCACAGAGUGAGAGGAAUUACUGGCACUUAUUACACUUCUACACAGACUCUCUGUGCUGAUAUCUGCACAACUUUAGUGAUGAGUGAUAAAACAUUAUGUGUGUCAGGUGGAUGGUUUCUAUAUAGAGAUUACAGAAGAGCAGGAGGAGUUUAUGCGAAGUGGAGCAUCACUCCUGAUCUCUCUGAACUGCCCUACUGGAAGUGGUUUGUGUGCAGAUUCAAGAGAGAUCUGGAGAAAUACUUCAAUAAAACAUUUGAGGGAAGUGGGAAGAUACCAGAGGAUUGGAGAAGAUACUCAAAACAAGAUGCUAUUGAGAGUUUAGAUGAAUACAUGUAAUUGAGCGUAUGAAGACUGAGACUCUAGUGUCUCUCAGAUUCAGACUCAUCUACAGAUCAAGAAGAUCAGAUCUCAUCAAAUACACACCAGGAUUCAACACAAGAUUCACUCCGACUGAUCAAAGAUAUUAAUGACUGAUGAUAUAUGAAGAAAAUACCAAGUGUCUCAGACCUGUACAUCUGAAUUAUAUCCAAAUCCAGUGUAAAAUACUUCAUACAAUGGAUCUCUGUGAGGACAAUACAUUUAUAUUAAAAACCAAACUUGUCCUGGGGCCUUUUACAGUGAUGUGAAUAGGAAUUAAGAUUUACUAAGAUUUGUGUCACACACAUUUAUUAAUUCAGCUGAAGAUCAGUGAUGUGCUGUUUGUCAGAUGUUCUCUGCAGGAUUCAGUCCAGACUCGACUCUGUGCUCAGGUAUCUGUGCUAACAAGAGUGCUUAAAGACGGGAUACAAUAUAAAAUAAGUGUCUCCAGUGUCACAUGAUCUGCAGAAAUCAGAAUAAUAUGAUGAUUUACUGCUCAAGAAACAUUUCUGAUUAUUAUCAAUGUUGAACACAGUUGUGCUGCUCAAUAUUUCUGUGGAAACUGUGAUACAUUUUAUUUUUCAGGAUUCACAGAUGAACAGAAAGUUAAAAAGAACAGCAUUUAUUUAAAACAAUAAUCUUUUGUAACAUUAUAAAUGUCUUUUGAUUGAUUUAUUGCAUCUAUGUUGAAAAUCUUUCAAACAUCACUGUGAAGGUGUGCAGUGUAUUUCUUCACUCUCUUCAGACACAAAGGCACUGAUAAACCUUCAUCUGAUUGGACUGAAAAUCCCCGUCUUUGUUCAGAUUGUUUGUGCAGCUGUGACAGAACUAUUUUUACCCUGGUGUUCCUGAAAUAGUCAGUAUCGUGACUGAUGAGAGGGACCUGAAGACAUCGGCUCCUUCGUGAGAUUUGCCUUCCUUCUGCACAAUCACAGCUUUGUUUAUCAACUAUCCUGACCAGCGUGAUGAUGAUGAUGAUGAUGAUGAUGAUGAUUCAGGGGUAUUUCAGCUCAGUUAACACAUUCUGACAAGUUCCGCAGACUGUCUUUCACAAUCAGCACAGAAAACACAUCAGUGUUGCUAUUGUUAUCUAUUAAACUAUUUCAAAAUUAUUAAAUAACUACUCAAUUAUUUAUAAAGUGUUUGGUUAAUUAAAAUAAAGCUGACCAAAUAUAGUAAAAGACAAAAUAAAGAGGUUUAAAAAUAUUUAUUUUAACAUCUAUUUGAUUUCAGCCUAGUUUUAAUUAAA